CGGGGGUUCUGGAUUCUUCCGGUAUGCACGUUCUUUCCGUUUCAUCGGCCGAAGUGUGGAGCACUGUGUGUUCACGUGAGCACUGCGAAAUUCCUCCUCCGCUGGCAGAGAUAGCGUAAAAUAAAGAUGCCUCCAAAGAAGGGAGAUGGACCAAAGCCACAACCCCUGAUUGGACGUUUUGGGACUUCCUUGAAAAUUGGAAUUGUUGGAUUACCAAAUGUAGGAAAGUCAACGUUCUUCAAUGUUCUGACAAAGAGUCAGGCAGCGGCUGAGAAUUUUCCCUUUUGCACCAUCGACCCAAAUGAGAGCCGUGUGCCCAUUCCAGAUGAACGCUUUGACUUCCUCUGCCAGUACCACAAACCAGCCAGUAAGGUUCCAGCGUUUCUAAACGUGGUGGAUAUUGCCGGCUUGGUGAAGGGGGCUCACGCAGGGCAGGGUUUAGGUAAUGCCUUCCUUUCCCACAUCAGUGCCUGUGAUAGCAUCUUUCACAUGACACGAGCUUUCGAGGAUGAAGACAUUAUCCAUGUUGAGGGCUGUGUUGACCCAGUGAGGGACAUUGAAAUCAUUCAUGAAGAGCUGAGGAUGAAGGAUGAAGAGAUGAUCGGGCCAAUCAUGGAUAAGUUGGAGAAAACCGCUGUCAGGGGAGGAGACAAAAAACUAAAACCUGAAUAUGACAUCAUGUGUAAAAUAAAAACCUGGGUGGUUGAUGAAAACAAACAUGUUCGUUACUACCUUGAAUGGAAUGACAAAGAGAUUGAGGUCUUGAAUAAAUAUCUGUUCCUGACGUCCAAGCCAAUGAUCUACUUGGUCAACCUCUCAGAGAAAGAUUACAUCAGGAAAAAGAAUAAAUGGUUGGUGAAGAUCAAGGAGUGGGUUGAUGCUCAUGAUCCAGGCGCACUGGUCAUCCCGUUCAGUGGAGGAUUUGAGAGCAAACAUCAGGACAUGACUGAUGAUGAGAAACAGAAAUAUUGUGCGGAGAACAAAACACAAAGUAUAUUGACUAAGAUCAUCAAGUCUGGGUAUGCAGCCUUGCAGUUGGAGUACUUCUUCACAGCAGGACCUGAUGAAGUCCGUGCGUGGACCAUUAGGAAAGGCACCAAGGCUCCGCAAGCAGCUGGAAAGAUCCACACAGACUUUGAGAAAGGCUUCAUUAUGGCUGAAGUCAUGAAGUAUACAGACUUUAAAGAAGAGGGCAGUGAAAAUGCAGCUAAGGCUGCAGGAAAGUACAGACAACAGGGUCGCAACUACGUCGUGGAAGAUGGUGACAUCAUCUUCUUCAAAUUUAACACACCUAAUCAGCCCAAGAAGAAGUGAUGUCGUCAUGAAGCGAGUUGGAUGGACUUUAUCUUAGCCCUAUGAGCAGUAUUGUGUGGCAACUGAGUGUCUUCAUUUUUAGCUUUGGAACAUUCAAAGUACAAACACAAUAACACCUUAAUGGUUUGAAAAUUUAUUUUUUAUUUUAGCUUAUGGCUGAGAUGAACCUAAUGGCUGGUCUGUUUACAAAAGCUGCAUGUUACACAGCACAACAUUAGGCAGUUUAUUCUAAUAAAACUCUUCCUCAGACUAAA